CGGAGCGUGCGCGGAGGCGCGGAGGAGGCGCGGCUGCUGCGGGGCGCUUGGACGGGCCCCUACUGCGGGAGAAGAGCGUGGCGCUCUUGGUGUAGGGCCUGCUGCUCCGAGGCGGCGGCGGCGGCAGCGGCGGCGGCAUGCGCGUGUGAGAUGAGGCCUCGGGUAGCCCGGACGCGAGCAGCGGCCCCCGGGGCAGCGGCGAAAGCGAGCGCGGCCUCUUCAGAGCGCUGCGCACGGUGCAUGAGGGCUAGCGCGCGGGCCCUGGGCAGCCGCCGGCCACGCCGCCUCUAUAAACACUUGUUUAGGACUUGUUCGCCUCGUUGAGGCCGCGGCGCCGGGCAUGGAACCCCCGCCCGAGCCGGAGCCAGAGCCCCAGUCCCUUUCCGAGGCCUCGGCCGCCGCGCCGCUGCGCGCCCCAGAGGUGGCGCGGCUCCGCGAGGAGCAGGAAAAGGUGGUCACUAACUGCCAAGAGAAAAUCCAGCAUUGGGAGAAAGUAGACAGUGACUAUAGUGCUCUUCAAGAGAGACUGAGGACCUUGCCUGACAAGUUAUCCUACGACGUCAUGGUACCAUUUGGCCCUCUUGCCUUCAUGCCAGGAAGACUUGUCCACACUAAUGAAGUUACUGUUUUACUUGGGGACAACUGGUUUGCAAAGUGCUCUGCGAAGCAGGCUAUUGGUUUAGUUGAGCACCGGAAAGAACAUGUAAGAAAAACAAUAGAUGAUUUUAAAAAAGUCCUGAAAAAUUUUGAAUCCAGAGUUGAAUUCACAGAAGACUUGCAGAAGAUGAGUGAUGCUGCAGGUGAUAUUGUUGACAUAAGAGAAGAAAUUAAAAGUGACUUUGAAUUUAAAGGAAAACAACGAAUUGCUCAUAAACCUCAUUCCAAACCAAAAACUUCAAAUAUUUUUGAAGCAGAGUUUGAAAACGAGGUAAAAUCCAAGGAUUUGCUUGCUGAUGAGGAACUAUGGGCUCGACUUGAAGAGCUAGAGAGACAAGAAGAAUUGCUGGGUGAACUUGAUAGUAAGCCUGAUACUGGGAUUGCAAAUGGAGAAGACACAGUGUCUUCUGAGGAGGAAAAGGAAGAUGAAGGCACAGGUUUGAAUGUGGUGCCUCCAGCGACAGACUCCCUUGCCCCUGGCAGCUGUGGCAUGCUUGCUCGAAAUGCAAGUAGUCAUUUGAACUGUUCAGUGAAUGGUUCAAAUUCUUACCAUAGCAAUGAAGAGGAUGAAGAUGAUGAUGCUGCUGAUGAUGUUGAUGAUGACGACGAUGAUAAUUAUAAUGGAAAUGAAAGUGACCACACUAUUUCAGCAGAUAAUUCUGUACCAACAAUAUACUUCUCUCAUACUGUUGAACCUAAAAGGGUUCGAAUAAACACUGGGAAAAAUACCACCUUAAAAUUCAGUGAAAAGAAGGAGGAAGCCAAACGGAAACGAAAGAGCAGUGCUGGCAGCCAUGCUACUCAUGAGCUGCCUGCCAUCAGGAGCCCCGCUGAUAUUUACAGGGUCUUCGUGGACGUUGUGAAUGGAGUAUAUGUCCCGCGGAAGUCGAUCCUGAAGUCACGCAGCAGAGAGAACAGUGUCUGCAGCGACACGAGUGAGAGCAGCGCUGACGUGGACGACCGGAGGGCUGUUCUGAGGAGCCUCGGCCGGGAGGAGGCCCCGGGCACUGACGUGGACGACCGGAGGGCUGUUCUGAGGAGCCUCGGCCGGGAGGAGGCCCCGGGCACUGAUGUGGACGACCGGAGGGCUGUUCUGAGGAGCCUCGGCCGGGAGGAGGCCCCUGGCACUGACGUGGACGACCAGAGGGCUGUUCUGAGGAGCCUCAGCCGGGAGGAGGCCCCGGGCACUGACGCCAGUGCCAGCAUUUCAGAAGAACCCCAAGAAAACCGCCCCAAGAAGCUUUUGCCUUCAGGAGUGUCUGAGGCUUUUUCUGGAAUUGUAAUAGAAAAGGAAUUUUCAUCGCCCUCCUUAACACCACACUCAGCCAUUGCUCAUCAUGCCCUACCCACUAUUCCAGAGCGAAAAGAAGUUCUGUCAGAAGCAUUGGAAGAGCCUGCAAAGAGAGUUUCCAAGUUCAAAGCUGCCAGAUUGCAGCAGAGAAACUAGAGAGGGCAUGGGCUUCAUCUUCUGCAGCUCAAGCUUCACUUUAGGACAUGGAGCAGAUUAGCCCCUGGAGUGGAAAGACGUCCUACUACUUCAUUUGGCAACAGUUCUCUUACCUUUAUCAGUGACAUUUAAAAAGUUAAAGUAAAUGUUUGAAUACUGUAAAAUUCUGCUGCCUUUUUAAUUCUCUGAACACUGUCUAAUUGGCCUUAGGAUGCAAUAGUAGCGUUUCGAUUUACUUCUCAAAGAAUACUGUCAUGCAUUGUUUUUGUGUUUUCAACUAAACGCAGGCAGUUUUGUACCAGCUGUGAUGUUGUGCUUGCCAUAUGGGCUGUGUUAAAGAAACUUUUAAAUUUUCAAAUAGAUUCAACAAUUAUAUUACUUGCUUUCACAUGUUAAAGGCACUUUAAAAAAUAAAUCUACAUCUCUUGUAGGUUUCACAGCUAGGUGGUUCUUUGAAUGUCAUACUGUAAUGUUUAAGGCAAGAAGCUACACAAACCCUAUGGAAAAUUUUGACUAGAAGAAUAAUAUUUUGUACAACUUUUUUUUUUUUUUGGCAAGUAAAAUUUUUAUGAAACUUGGUUUCUAAAAUGUUGUGAACUUCCUGGUUUAGAAUUGUGUGUAAAACUGUCUUUGAUUUGUGUAUAUGCUAUACAGCCACACCACAGAUUUCUUGAAUUCUUAAAAUCCCUCAAGUACCUCCUUUUCCCUGUGCGUACAGUCUUUACUGGGAUUAUCUUUUGGGAGAGAAAAGUUUGUCUAGAUGCUUUAAAAAGAAUAGUUUUAAAAUAAAGAUUUUUCUUUGAUGUUUUCAAUCUUCCUCAUAAUUUCAUUCUUCAAGGCUGCUUUGCUACCAGUAAAAAAAAUAAAAUAUUGUAUUUACUUGUAGCCAAACGCCUUAAAGAGACAUUCAGUCUCAGGUUGACCAUUACAGUGCAAGCGUUGAUCAUUAGCUUGAUGCAUGGUAAAAUGUAGCUUUUAAAAAGCAUUCUGCAUUAGUACUAAAAUAAGCCAUCAACCCCAGUCCACCCCUCUAUUCAUGGCUAAAUAUUUAAAGGUUAUUUAUAGCUUCUUUAAUGAAUUCUUGCUUAAACAAAGUGAAAUUAUGUCCCAGAAAAGUCGGAGCUGUAACUAGAGCAGUGUCACUGUCAAAGUUCUAUGAAAUAUGUAUUUUAAUGAUAAAGGGUGAGCUUGCAUCCAUUAAUGGGUAAUUUAGAACAGGGAACUAAGUUUGAAAGACUUCCUAAAAAUACGUUUUUCUAGCCAAUGUUGAUCAUCUGUACACAUAUUUUGUACUUAAAAAUGGCUUUUCCUUCCUGACUAGCCAACUCCCAAGCCAAACCUCACAUCGCACCCACCCCCAGGAGCACGGUUUCUCCUCCUUAGCUGCCACCUAAGCAAGGCUUUCUGUGCUAACCUCCAGAUGCAAGCCUCCUUGGAGGACUGUUGUGUCUUUCGACAUGUAACUUCAAGUGUUCUGUCAUUAAAUAACGUUCCAUGUUCAUGAACUUAUUUUGAGCCUGCUUUUAUGUAUUU